AGGUGUUUAUAUGCACGUAUGUGACUAUGUGUGUUCGGAACAGUGUGCGUUUGUGUGUGCGGUGACAAAACAAAUAUUGUUAGGUGAUAUAAUAUUCAACAUUCUCCCAUCAUUCGUUUGGACAACAACAACGACGCUACAUUGGAACUUUUGAAAACAACUGUGUUCGACAGGAAACCACUUUGAGGAAGGUUAAUUCAAGAUCCGAUUACUAACUUGAAGCGUGUUUAUCACUGUCAUCAAAUUAUCACUACAUAGGAAGAAGAGGAAUUGGAAAGCAGAAAAAUAAUUUCUUUAAAUAUGGUGGAUAUGCGUAGCAAAUUGGAUGGUUCAGAUGGCUCAUCAUUGGGGAAUUCCAAUCUUGGAUUACCUGAGAUCAAUAAGUGCGGUUCAACAAACUGUGAAUGUAAAACAUUUCAGCCUAUUUUAAGUAAUAUUCGCCAGUGUACAAACUGUCAUCAUUCUUGGUGUUUACAUGUACUUCCUAAGUUAGUGAAUUUACCGAUGUAUUUUGAAACAAGUAACUCACCACAACCUUUAAUGCUUACUACUACACUGGAACUGUUGAGUAUGUCAUUAUUUGGUUGUCAAGCUAUUCCGAUGCGAAUUAAAAUCCUAUUGGAUCGUCUUUUGUCUGCCCAACUGGCCCAUGCUGAUGUUGUCAGACUCUUGUUAACGUUUGGAUGGACAUUUCAAGACUAUAGUCGAGGAUAUAUGUUAACUAACUCAAACGGUUCAUUAAAAGAUCACUGGGAAAUGUGUACUGUGGAAGAAGAAAGUGUUGUUAUUCAACAGUUCUUACGCUUUCCUGAAACUCGUCAGCUAGCUUACAUAAUGUUAUCACAAGGAUGCAGUGAAUACGAACAAAAGACGUCGAGCACAACUGUAACUUCAAAUCAGUUGACCAGUGGAAAUUAUUCGCAGUCAACAUUUACAAGUCAUUUGUCACCAUUGUAUAGUGUCAAUAAUGUCAUUACAACAAUCGGUAGUAGUUGCAUUAGUAGUGGUCAGAUUUCUCCUGAUGUAGCGCUCAAAUCAAAAAACGAUACAAAAUGUGAAAAUAAAAAGUCACAAGAUUUCACAAUGAGUCUGUUGUCACCAUCGACUACUGAAGUAUCGCCUAACAGUACUCGGACGCUGACAAUUUCAUCGUUUUCUAACAGUUCUUCAUCAUCUGUUUCCCCUGCUAACGAGAAUAAUAAACAACAAGUUGGCGGAAAUAUCAUGAAUUCUCCUAACAGUGUUAGUAAUAAUAGUUAUAAUAAUAAUCCAUACUAUGUAAAAAAGAAUAAAAAUAAUAGAUCUAGUGGAUUUCUAGACAUUUCUAGGGAGAACGACUUCAGUCUACUGUCUCUUACACACCGAACAACAGGAAAGAAUGAUUGUAAACGGAUGAGAAGCAGUACAAAUGAAAAAGCUUUAAAUUCAUUGACAAGUAGUAAUAAUCAAGGGAAUUCUGUAAACACGAACAUAAACAACAUUCUAGCUAAUGGAAAUUGUAACAACCCAUUCAUUGCUGCAAUGGCGGCAGCAGCCGCUGCUGCUGUCAGUGGUCUUCCGUUACCGCCAGGUGUAUUGAACAAUUUGAACCCAUUCUUGAAUAAUUCAACCUUGAGAAAUUCAAAAUCUUUUCUUGAUACAAAGUUGUUGAAUGAUCAAACAGUUGAUAAAGCAGACCUACAAACAAAUUCCAAUGUUAAUUGUUCAAUAGAAGAUAAGAAAUUCAUUGAUCAAAAUUUUAAUAUGAAUUGCGGCUUUGAUAACUCAUCACUAACAUCGUCGAGUCAAGAUAGUUUAUUGAAUACAAGCUUAUUGAAUUUCUCAGCUUUUAACUCAUCCGUGUUUCCAGUUUCAUCUCAGUUGGCUAGUGCACUAGUAGCUGCAGCAGCAUUGCAUUCGAAAUACCCAUUGUCGAUGCUACCACCAUCUAGAUCACCAAAAGCAGUAGCAGCAGGCUUUCCAAAUGUUUCUCUUAAUAGUACAACUACAUCAUCACUGGAGAUAAUGACGCCAACGAUCACAACAGCUAAAUCGAACACGUCCAACUCCACAACACUUUGCAAAAAUAAUAGUUGUUCUUCUCCAAAUUCAUUGAUAAACAUGAAUCUAUGGAGUGACAGACAAAUUCAGAUGAGUCAAGAUAAUAAAAACAAUCAGACUGAAAUAAAUCAUAAUCAUUUACUUUUGAAUGAGCAAACAGCUGCAUUUAGUUCAAUUGAUGCCAGUUUGUUUGGUGUGAACACCUGGCUACCGAAUACUUUGCACAGUUUACCGUCUACGGAACAAGAAAAUGUGGAUUCCAAUUUUGUCCAUUUCAACAAUUCAUCUGUUCAGCGGUUAUCCACUAAUUCAGUGAAAUCGAAACAUUUCAAUUUGGACCAACCAUAUCACAAAAGUCAUCAUCAUAUAUCAGGAACACUCACAUCAACACCGUCAUCGUUAUCUUCACUAUCGAUAGCAACAGUACUACCAGGAACGCCAACAACUAAUACACUUGUUCACCAUCCUCAUCACCAACCAACAAAAAAGAAACAUGAACAUCGUAGACCCGAUUUUGUGAAAGCACGGAAAAGUACUACGGUAACAAAAACACCAUCGAUUAGUCAAACAAAUUCAGUUUCUGUGACAAAUCUGUCAGAAGAUGGACGUAACGAAGGGAAUGGAUACAAUUUCUCAAGAAAUAAAAAACGUGUUCUGUGCACAACAUGCAAAAAAUCAUUUUGUGAUAAAGGUGCACUGAAAAUUCAUUACAGUGCAGUUCACUUGAAGGAAAUGCAUAAAUGUACAAUUAAAGGCUGCAGCAUGUGGUUCAGUUCUCGAAGAAGUCGUAAUCGUCACUCAGCCAAUCCUAAUCCACGCUUACAUAUGACACAUUCAAGUAAAAAGUUACCGGAAAAUGCAACGAUUGUUGAUGAUGGGAGUGGUAGGGUAAUUGGUAGACGUAACCCCUUGCCAAAUUCAGUGCUAAAUCCUCCUUUAUUACCAGUUAUUACGACAGCAAACACAACAAAUGAUACAAGUUCGACAGUAUAUAGUGGAUGGACAAGAGAAUUCAGUGAUGAUAUCCAGUUUAAAGUAGCAAGUACAAAGUAUAAACCGUCAGUGAAAAGUAUAUUUUCAUCAUGUCGACGUAAACGGGACAGAUCUAGUUUAGGUGAUUAUGUUAACUGGCCUCAGUCAUCAACUGAUUCAAUUAGUCAAGCAUCAAAUGAUGGUCAUCUACAAGCAGACACUAUUUCUACUGAACCACAUCUACCGAUUUCACGUUAUCGUCAACCAUCCCAACAGAAGCAACAUUUUAACUCUUGGAAAUACAGUAAAACUGAGGCCAAUUCUGAUAUCGAAGUAAGCAAUAAUGAUCAUUGGAAUGAAUCACGGUGUAUUAGUAGCACUGAUGGUAGUGUUGAUGACAGACUGCUUAGGAACCAUAAACUAGACUAUAUUUCAAGCAGUAAUAGUCAGUUUGAAGAGGAGAACAGUGAUAAUGAAGAUGAUGGUGAAGAAGAGGAAGAAGAAGGCGUCCUACUUCCAGAUGGAAGUAGUACAUAUGCAGAUGAAAAUGAUGAUUUUCUAGCUACUAAUAAUUUAGAACACAAUCUAGAAAUUACCAACGAUACUGAACCAGAGGAUAAUGGAACCGAUAGCCUAGAAGAGAAGCAAGAAGAAGUAAGACAUGAUCAACGACAAAAAAGGCAUUCAACAUGUCAGCCAAGGACGAUAUCACCAAAAAGCGCAAAUGAAAUUGAUGAAUUGACGGUAUCGAUAGAAGUCAAUGAAUCCAAUGAAAUAUUAUUGAAUGAACAAUUUCAUAUUAAAAAGCAUUCAAAUUAUAAAUCUUCAACAUCAGACUUCUCAGCCGCUGUACUAGCUCAGUCACCUUGUUAGUCAGACAGAAAUUAUCGAUUAAUUUGCGACCUACCACAAUUUCAUCACUGUUCAUAUUGUCUCAUACUUUGUAUUAAUAGUCAAAUGAACUAAAAGGAUUAUUCAUUAUUCUAUGAUCAGAAGCUCAGUCUAAAAAACGUCUACUGUCAUUUAUAUGAAAAAAGUGAUAUCCUCAUAAUUUAAUUUUCAACAAAUCUGAUCAUCAGGAAAAAGGAGAUAUUUAACUAGAAAACAGCUUUCUAAUGCAUUCAACAUCACCCCCUCCAUCCUCAACUUCCAAAAUCAAAAUGAAAUAGAACACCUGAAUUUCGCAUUUGUGCCAGAAAUUGUAUGAGCACAUUUUUUAUCUUCAUAAUUUGUAAAUAGUUUUACAUUACUUCCAUUAUUAUCUUUUUUUGAAUCUAACAACAUCUUGAACAGCUCUCACUGCUGAUUCUUCUUCACAAGAAGUUUUACAUAUAUGUAUUUGACUACUUGUAAGUAUGUAAUUCUACUUCUGAAAAUUAUGAGAGCCUAC